AUGGAUGGCCAUUUGCAAAAGUUGCAGAAUGUUGCAUUCCUAACAUGUCUAGGAUUGACACAGUGUCUUGUGUGGAAUUGCGCAUCUGUUGCAUUUGUGUGGAUGGUAGGUGGGGUAGAAACAAAAAUCUUGUUCCUUGCAUUGGCCUACCUAGUCUGUGGACUUCCAGCUGCAAACUGGUUAUGGUUUCGUCCACUUUGUCAAGCUUUGAGGACAGAAAAUACUUCCAUGUUUCGUUAUUUUUUCCUGUUCUACCAGCUCCACAUUGCCUUCUGCAUGUUCGCUGCAGUUUCUCCUCCAAUAAUAGCCAAGGGAAGAUCCCUCACAGGUAUCAUGAGCGCAUCAGACAUUUCUGGUGAUUAUGGAGAAAUUGGAUACUUGUACUUCAUUGGUUUCGGUUCGUUCAGCCUUGAAUCAAUGCUCAGCAUCUGGGUUUUGCACAAAGUUUACAAGUUUUACCGUCACGGUGGUUUAGCUCUGGAGAUGGUUUAA